GGUUGCAGACGGCUGUUGGCGGCUGGGUGAGCUGAGGUUCCGGUCAGGUCCGCAUUCCCUCUCUCCUCCUCUCAAUCAUCGACGUUUUCUCCGGCUUUCGAGGUAGCACGGGCGUGCAAACGGUACCACCGGCCGAUCAAAGAAAGGGCUGUCCCGCCGAGAGUCGAGGCGGGGAAGGGGUACGCCACGAGCAUGCAAAAUGCGCGAGGCCGCGGCCACGAGAGCGUAGGCAAGCGGUGCAACGACUCCAUGAUCCAGGCCGGAUGUAAACAAGAGAGCAUGGCAGACUAUCUCAUCAGCGGCGGCACUGGGUACGUUCCUGACGACGGCAUGACCGCAUCGCAGCUCUUCGGGACCGGAGAAGGGCUGACCUACAAUGAUUUCCUCAUCUUACCAGGAUUUAUAGACUUCACAGCAGAGGAAGUGCAAGAUCUCCAAUUGCAAGUGUGUGGUUCACAGAGAGUGGCCACUAACGCUCCAAGUAUCCUAGCGAGUAUUGAAUCCCCCUGCACUCCUAACUGUCCGGUACACACAGAGGACUUAACCUCUGCGAUGACGAAGAAGAUCCAGUUGAAGGCCCCCCUGGUGUCGUCCCCCAUGGACACAGUGUCGGAGUCAGACAUGGCCAUUGCAAUGGCCCUGACCGGAGGCAUUGGUAUCAUCCACAGCAACUGUACUCCAGAGUUCCAGGCCAAUGAAGUUAGAAAAGUGAAGAAAUAUGAGCAGGGUUUCAUCAUGGACCCUAUCGUGCUGAGUCCGGAGCACACGGUGGGAGAUGUGUGUGAGAUGAAGAGGAAACACGGCUUCUCUGGCAUCCCCAUCACUGAGAACGGCAAGCUGGGCGGCAAGCUGCUGGGCAUCGUCACAUCCAGGGACAUCGACUUCAUGAACAGUGACCAUCACCACAUCAAGCUUAGAGAUGUGAUGACUCCAUUCGAAGAGCUGGUGGUCGGCCAUGCAGGGGUUUCACUUAAGGAGGCGAACGAGACGUUACAGAGGAGCAAGAAAGGUAAACUGCCCAUAGUGAAUGAGAACGAUGAGCUGGUCUCCCUCAUAGCAAGGACAGACUUGAAGAAGAACAGAGACUACCCACUGGCAUCAAAGGACUCCAAAAAGCAGCUACUGUGUGGAGCCGCCAUCGGUACAAGGGAAGAAGACAAGUACAGGGUGGAGCUACUUGUACAAGCGGGGGUGGACUUGGUGGUCCUGGAUUCCUCACAAGGCAACUCAAUUUACCAGAUCAACAUGAUCCGCUACUUGAAACAGAAGUACUCUGAGCUACAGGUUAUAGGGGGAAAUGUUGUGACAGCAGCCCAGGCCAAGAACCUGAUAGAUGCAGGGGUGGAUGGGCUACGUGUGGGGAUGGGCAGUGGGUCCAUCUGUAUUACACAAGAAGUGGUGGUGCCUCACGGCGAACCAUCCCCCAGGCAGCCAGCAACCGUAGUUACAGGGAGAGCUCUCAUGGCAGUGGGACGACCCCAGGGCACGGCAGUGUACAAGGUAGCAGAAUACGCACGCAGGUUUGGGGUCCCGGUGAUCGCAGACGGGGGCAUCUCAACCGUGGGACACAUUACCAAGGCUCUGGCACUGGGAGCCUCAACAGUGAUGAUGGGGUCCCUGCUAGCUGGUACAUCUGAGGCGCCGGGAGAAUACUUCUUCCAGGACGGGGUCCGUCUUAAGAAGUACCGAGGAAUGGGGUCCUUGGAGGCCAUGGAAAAAGGAAAGGCUUCUCAGAACAGAUACUUCAGUGAAAGUGACAAACUGAAGGUGGCACAAGGUGUGACAGGGUCCAUCCAGGAUAAGGGUUCUGUACACAAGUUUGUUCCAUACCUGAUCGCAGGCAUCCAGCAUGGCUGUCAGGACAUCGGAGCCAAGAGCCUCUCCUCUCUCAGAGCCAACAUGUACAGCGGAGAAGUCAAGUUCCAGAAACGAAGCCCCUCAGCCCAGAUGGAGGGCGGUGUGCAUGGGCUGCACUCGUACGAGAAAAGGCUAUACUAGAGGAACCAGAGGACCCCAACUCCCCAUCACUGCUUUCGUAUUCGGGCAAAACUCAUAUUCCAAGAACACUCAGAGAGUUAUAUAAAUUAUGCACAUCUCAAUGCCCAACUUGCCAGCAACAGCAAGCCACUCUGGGAUUGGUCAGUGUCUGCCUCACGAUGACAAAACUGACCAUAGAGAAGAAGCCAUCUAUCCUAUUUCAUUUUCAUGUGCCCUAAGCUGGCAGGAAGUGGAUUUAUUCAGUUGUAACCUGGAAGUUGAAAUAUACAGACACUUGUACAUGUUGAUCUAUAUGAACACAAUGUAUAUCACAGAGGGCUAUCUUUGUUGACUUGCUUUUAUGCACAAGCUAGUAUUGACUUAUUGGGAUUGUACGUGUACGUAGGCAAUAAGGUGGCUUGCAUGAGAUGUAAGGUUAUAUUUAUAAAGUCACCACUGCAAGGUGGAGUCGACUGUGGAACUAUAUUCUGUGAAGACAGAUUUGUAAAGAAGGACUUUAUAUUUGUUGAAACUUGUGGCUGAAAGAUCAAAUGAGGUAUAUUGACAGUUAAAAUAGAAAGAUGGCCUCGUUGAUAUUGUAUACUUUGUAUGAUCCUUUGUACUGUUAUCAAUUGUUGAUCGAAUUAGAGUGAUACUUGCAACAGGCUUAGUUUGAUUUUGAGUGGUGCAGUAGUGUUUAGUUGUAGUGGACAGCAGCAUCAGCAUUUUAGGUGUGAUACAAGCGAAAUGGUGCAAUUUGAAAAUGUACCAAUCUAUAUGAUUCCUACACGUUUGCGCAUUAUCAAAAAUACAUACAUCAUUGGUAUUGCAAUGGAAAAUGUACAAAGCACUACAUUGUGUACCACCCUGUCAUUGUUGCCUUGAUCUGUCAUGAGAUUUGUGUUUGGGGGCUAUUCUGAAUUAUUCUAUACAUUAAUCAGUCUUUAGACCUAGAUCUAGAAAAAGCUACCCAAUCAAUACCUGACUGUGAGAUUGUACUUAAGUCAUGAUUCCAACAACACAAGCUUUGAAUUUCACAAUCUAGUCAAGCAGACUUUAUUUACAACCAACUCAAAUUGAUUGCAUUAAAAUAAACCUAUAGCUACAGAAGAUGAUUAGAUAUAAAUUUGUGUUAAUGUUACUUUUGCAAGUAGCAUCCUAGGAAAAAUUAAACAUUGUUGCCCUUUGCAAUUAAAAGUUAUUCAUUGGUAACCAAAGUAACUUGUGUAUGCCAACAUUCCUGGUAUGGUAGUGGAUUCAGUGACUAUGUAUGGUGCAGAGCGGAGAAAAAAAUGAAAUCUAGCAGGUACAGCUAAUGACCCAGAUGACAAUGUUAAAGCUGUUUGUUUGCAAAUGUAUGAUGUAGUGGAAAUUGCAAUGAGGGAAGACUGGUUGCUUUUGUUACGGUAGAAUUGAAUUUUGUUCCCAUCAACUCACUUGUUGGAGGCAAUUGUCCUUGGAAAGAUGAAAAUUGAACGCAUACAUUUAUUCACUGUAUAGAAAUGGUAAGUCAACUUCAGUGCCUGACGUGAUGCAAGUACUUAUCAAAUAUUUCAAAUAUUGAAGUUAUCAAAUAUUGAAGAAGAAAGGUUCUAUGACGUAUAUGUCGUAUGUUUUGUAUGUAUUUUUGUGCUGAAGUGUACUGAAAAGGAAAUAACCCAUUGAUCUAGUGGGAUGUGAUGCCGAUAUUUUGAAGAAUAUUAUAGAUAAAUAAAAUAGGUAGUGACAAGGA